AUGGCGCGAUUGAACCAUAGCAGGACUCUCCACCCUGCACGCAGCUCCUCGAAUACACCAUCACCUUCGCCAGAACCCAGCGACACGAGCGAGCAAGAGAAUCGCGAUCCACGUGCCAUGCAACGCGACAAGGGCAAAGGCCGUGCCGUAGACCCCCCACGCCGGGAUUCCCUUCCAACACCAGUAUCUGAUGAGAGCGAGACGGCAAGAGGACAAAAGAGGAAGCGGACAGAACAGGCGACACAGUCGGGCGAGGCUCAAGAUGAGGAAGAUGACAAGUUCACGAAAUACUUCGAUCCCAACCAGAAUCCAGAGAUAAGGCGGCAAGUGAAGCGCAAAUCGCGAGCUCUUGAGCGCGAGUUCAAUGAGAAUCGCGACGAGCUGCUACGAGGAGACGGAGACGGAUUAGCGCAGACUAUCAAUCGUGCCAACAACGUCUUCAAGAAUGUCAAGCAGACGAACGAUGCCACCCUCGACUCACGUCUCAUGGUCAAUGUCUCCGACCUGGCAUACAAGAAGUCGGCACAGCUGGUGUUGGGCGACAAGAGCAGUGGAAUAGACGUGGAUGACUUCCUCUCAAAGUGCAUCUACUUUAUGAGGAACGGAGGUCCAGCAAAUGCUGAAGACGCUGGAAAUGCCAAGCAGACCCAACGGCGAAGAACACAGCGUCGCGAUGACGACGAGGACCAGGAUGACGACGAUGACGAUAUUGGUGGUGCUUUAGAUUGGGAGCUCUUGGGACGACAUGUCUGUUUUCCCUACAAUUCGCGACCGCCAUGCCCAUCGUUCCUUCUCGGACCACUAUCGGUGGAGAAGAAACAACGAAAGCAGACGCAGCGAACAGCAAGGCAAACCAAAGACACGAGCAGGGAAACGAGACCCGAAGCACUCACAAGAGCAGACCUAUCGCAGUCGGAUGAGAAUGGCCUUACAGCCAUUUGCGCUCGCAUUCGCAAGCAUCUCAUGAAGCACAUCAACGACAAGUCUUCGUUGGCAUCGCAGACGUUCGACUCGCUUGAAGAUUUGAAUACACCGGAGGGAAAGGCCUUCUCUCGAGAACACAGAAUCACCGCAGAAGGAGGACCUAUCUUGUUCGACUACGCCCUCCAUCCCACAGACUUUGGACAGACGGUGGAGAACUUAUUUUAUCUAUCCUUCCUCAUCAAAGAAGGGCACGUCGGGCUUGGUUCAGACUCGGAUGGGCUACCAGUGAUAAAAGAGAGGCAGGAGCAUGCCAAGUCAAGCAAUGUGAAACGGCAUCAGGCCGUGUUCUCAAUCGAUAUGGCUACCUGGCAGGGCCUGGUCAAAGUCUUCGAUAUUCGCGAGCCAAUGAUACCGAAUCGAGAAGCGGAACCGGCGACUCAGGUGGGCGCAAGAGGAUGGUAUACAUAA